AUGCACAUCCGGCUAGCAAGCAAAGCCGAUCUGGAGGACAUGACGGCGGUCCUCGUCGGGGCCUCACCACUCGACCCAGUCUACCCCUACCGAUUCCCGGGGCACCUCUACUCGAACGAGUUCGCCGCUCUCUGCCGGCGGAAAUGUGCCGAGUAUCUCGACACCAGCACGGUCGUGGUCUGCGAGCUGCCCGUCGUCGACGGCAGCCCGGUGAUGCGGGUUGUCGCCUUUAGCGCCUGGGACAUGCCGGCCGCCGCGCAACCCCCGAAAUCCCGCCGCGGGAGCGCCGUCGAGCCGAAAUCCCCCACCUCCCCAACCCACCCCUCCUCCCCGACCACGAUCGGCGAUCUCACGCGGCAGUCGGCCUUCCGGGCGGCACUCGAGAAGCACAAAGCGGAGCUGUUCGACACGCAAUACGGAGGGCGGCGGCAACACCAACACCCCCAACCACAGACCGGCCACGGACACGGACACGGGCACGUGUUCCUCAAGAUCCUGCUGACGCACCCGCACUGGCAAAAACGCGGGGCGGGGACGGCGCUGGCGUCGUGGGGCAUCGCCCAGGCCCGCGCCCUGGGGGUGCCCACCACCGUCUUCGCCAGCCCCAUGGGCCUGACCCUCUACCGCCGCCUCGGCUUCCGCGAGGUCGGCCGCUUCCGCGUCCAGCUCGCCGGCGAGCCCGAUUUUCUGGAGAUUCCGGCGCUGGUGAGGCCUGUUGAGGUGACGGGUGGGAUGAGGGAGGCCGAGGGCGUGCCGGGGCUGGGGUUGUGCGGGCGUAGGGUCGGGGAUUGUUUUGCUGGUGGUGGUGGUGCUGCUGUUGCUGCUGUUGCUGUUGCGGGGUGGAGCGAGGGCACGGUUUGCGCUUGAGGGGUUGUCGGUCUUCGGUUGUUGGUCUUGGGUUUGGUCUUGGGUUUGGUCUUGCUCUUCAUCUUUGUCUUGUGGGUUGUCGUUGUUUUGCAUUGAAUUGCGUUUGAGAGGGUCGUGGCUCGGGAUGGAUCUGCUGUUUUUGAGAAGGGAGUUCGGGAUACAUUGCACCUGGGGCGGCAUUAUUGCAUGGAUACACGGAUACAGACCAGAGGGGAGGAGGAUUGCGCUGCAUUUUGGGCGGGUUCAGGCCGCCGCGAGGCAUCCUGGCCGCAUACUGUACUGUACUGGACUGAAAGGGGAGGACGUAUUGCCUGUAUACGAAAUAGCCUUGUUUUUGUCGUUCAGAGCUAGAUUUCUCCGUCAAUGAAAUACAUGUUUUUCCUAAAUUUUGUUUUGCACUGGUAGCUUUGAAGUUG